AUGACCCUUCCCCGUUCCCCUCUUGACGUGGUGUGGCCAUUCAACCGCAUCUUUUACUCGGUGGCACGCGGCACCAUGAACAAAGAACAAGAGGGCGAUUCAUUCCUUCCCUAUGAUGAAGGCAAAUUAUGCCACGAUGGUGUUAAGACGUUCCGCUACUGCCAUGUGCGGUGUGAAAAGGAAAUCCAUGGGAAUUACAGAAAAUGGCGCGCGAUAGGAACAUUUUGUCCCACAGGUAUUUUGUUUUGCUGGCACCCCACCACAACAAUGUGUGAGGUAUGUUUGGUUUCCCUGAAUAGGUGGAAGUGCGUAAGCUGGGCGCCGCGAUUGGAGAGCCCUCGUUGCCAAAGGCGAGCCGUGGUUCGCUUCAGAGGCCCGCGGCGCCUACCCCAUGAUGGCAAAAAAAAAAGUUGA